UUCCCAUAACUCCUCAUUUUUCAAACUGAUCUUCUCUCUGUCUCUGUUAACAUGGCGGAGCUGGAUUACAGUCAGGGUAAUAAAUCCAACGCUACCACAGCCACACGCUUAAAGAUUUUUGGCUUCAAUGUCUCCGACGAUGAGGAUGUAGUGUUGGACUCAGCCAAAUCAGGCGUCCCGCCGGAGGCUGCUGGGUUUGCAGCCACCGGUGACAGAAAGUAUGAGUGUCAGUACUGCUGCCGAGAGUUUGCAAAUUCUCAGGCCUUGGGAGGUCAUCAGAACGCUCAUAAAAAGGAGAGGCAACAGCUAAAGCGGGCCCAGCUUCAAGCCACGAGGAACGCCGCCGUUUCAUUCGCCAGGAACCCCAUGAUUUCUGCUUUCGCUCCUCCGCCCCACCUCCUGGCGCCAGGUCCACCAGUUGUGAUGCCUGCCGGGGCUGGGCCGUCGUGGGUGUACUUGCCUCGUGGAGGGCCACCGCCGUUCCACGUAUCGCAUGGGUGUGUGAUACCGAGUGGUGGUGGGGGAAGGGGUGCCGGAGGGUUGCCGUAUGGUGGGGGUGUAGGAGGGGAUUCAGGGUUGCGAAUUGGGCCACCGAUGGUGCAGGGUAGGGCCCACUACGGGCGGAGUGUUGAUGGGCCAUCGUUGAGUAGGUUCUCAAAGGGGGACGGUGGGCCCACUUUUGAUGAAGCAUUGGGCUUAGAUUUGCAUCUUAGUCUUGCACCUGCAGGGCCCUGAGUUUGGGUUUUGGUUUGCUUAGACUCAAAAUCAGGGAUCAUUGUACAUUUUUCAAAUUUAUUUAUUUAUUUUUUUCAAGGAUUCACUUUACACAAAGCCUUGCCCCUUACUACAUUUUAGUUGUUCAAACUCAAUUUGUAUUAUAGAUGAUGUGUAUAUAUGGGCAUAUACAUGUACAAUUCGCCCUAAAUAUAUAUUUGUUUAAAUG